AUGGGUUUAACCAUAUCCCGACCAAAUUGUGAUACACCAUCUUUCUUCUCGCUCAUCCCAAAUGAUCUCUUGAUUGAGAUAGUCACUAGAUUGUCUGUGGAAGACUUAGCGAGGUGCCGUUGCGUGUCGAAGCAAUGGGCUUCAGUUCUCAGACAUCGCCUCACCAACUCCUCGACUAGUCCUCGUCUCUUGUUCACCUUCCAUCUCAACGGUACGUGGGUCUUCUUCUCGGCACCACAGCCUCAAAGUCUUGACCAGAAUUACUCGUGUCUUUUAACAGCCGAAUAUCACAUGUGUUUCCCCACUAGAGACUGUGGUUCCCGUGGCAUUUGUCCACCUGUCUGGGGGCUGAUAUGUAAUAGAAAGAGGGGUUUCGUGAUAUGUAACCCUAGCACAGGAGAGUACAAAACCUUACCCAAUCCAACAUGGAUACAUGCUGAAAUGACUACCUUUUUUGGGUUUGAUCCAGUCGGAAAACAAUACAAGGUAUUGUGCGUGAACGUUUAUAAAAGCCCCGUUUUUCGAUACGCUAGGGUUCUAACAUUAGGUACGGGUAAACUUUCGUGGAGAAAGAUUACAUGUUCCCGACCUUAUGAUCCUUGGUGGGAUGUUGGGAUUUGCAUAAGUGGGGUUUUGUAUUAUAUAGCUCACGAGAGAAAUAGGCAUCGAGAUUGCCUGAUAGUUUGCUUUGUCUUGAGCUCUGAGAAGUUUGAGUUUAUUACUCCACCACCUAUAGAGAAGCUAUGGUGUACGAAGCUGAUUAAUUACAAGGCUAAAUUAGGUGUGUUUGUUACGUUCCUAUUCACUGAAAAAACUGAAAGUAUUGAGCUGUGGGUUUUAGAUGAUGCCGAAGAAGGGAGAUGGUCGAAGCAUAUCUACAUACUGCCUCCUAUCUGGAAGAAUUUAGCUGCAGCAGAGGCCAUGUUUCACUUUGUUGGGAUGACUCGUAAUGGUGAAAUUGUCUUGUCUUCAUUUAUUCCAUCAGAUCCUUUAUACGUUUUGAUCUACAAUGUGGAGAGGCAUACAUUCAUAAAAGCUAGAAUCCAAGGGUUUGGAUCUCGUACGGGUUCAGGGAUUUAUACCUUUAUAGACUAUAUAGAGAAUCUGAUCCAUAUGUAA